AUGCCCUCAUUAGCUGUUAUGGGCUGGACCCACAACUUAUCCACGUAAGCGCGGGACCCACUACUUGUCCAGUAAGUGCGGGACCCACCUCUUCGCAGCUAGAAGCGACGACCGCCCAUGCCCAUCCGCCCGCCGCCGCCCAUUGCUUCCCCUUUCCCCAUUCUUCCUCUUCUCUAGCGAGCUAGUGCAGAUGUCCACCUCCUUCGCCACGCACUCAAAAUGGCGUCAGUAUGGUCCAGUGCCGCUCACAAGGUGCCCUGACUGCCCACGCCCAGAGCCUCUAAAACGGUGGGUCAGUAGGACUGAUGAGAAUGGAAAUCUUCGGCGGGAAUUUGUGAAGUGCUUGAGCAAAACAAUGGCGGGAAGGGAUGGCAAGAUCCUGAAGAAAUGCACACAUUUCGAGUGGAUGGAUGAUUAUGUUGAGAGGAUUCAGUUCGAGGGCUACAUUGAUUCGAGCGGGGCCGCAACCUGGGAGCUCAAUUUGGGGGGUGGGGUGCCGCAGAUGGAGAAUUUGGGGUCGAGCUCGGACAGAGGGGCGGGCGGAGUCGUGCCGAUGGCGAGGUAUGCGCGCAAUGCUGAAUUGCACUUGGAGUCUGAACUAACCGAGGAACUAAGAAGAUCAAGAAAAAUCAAAUGGAGAUGAUCGAUUUGUAGAAGCAAGCAAAUAUCAUGGCAGGGGGUUCUAUUGUUGUGUCAUUGCUCUAUUUUUGUUUUACUUGUUGUUCAUCCGUCAUUAGAGGGGGCAUUUAGGUCUGCCAGGGCAGAGGAUGCGAUCUGUGCACCAUGCCAAGUUCAUGUAACUGAAUGAAAGCGGAAAUAUUCAGUGUUCAUGCUCUGUUCUUGUUCUUCAGUUAACAGAGUGCACAUCCCCCAAAUUCAGUUUCUAGUAAAAAAAUCUUGCUGCCGAAUAGAUGUUGGGCUGUGAAAAAAAUAACGAGGCCCAAAUAGAGACAAGCCCACCCGCGUAGGGGCAUCAGCCCAGUUUUAUAGCAUAGAGGCACCCAUGUUUAGAAAAAAAUGUUCGACUAAAAACUCAAAAUAAAAUGUUGCUUCGGCAAAUAAACCUUUAACAAACAUAUACUUCUUUACUUGUUUUUUCUUUAGCCAGAUUUUUCUUUACAUAUUUGUUGCUUGUCCACGGUUGCACAAAAUAUUGGCCAGAGGUAAAAUUCAAACCAAUAUUUUUAGGAGCAUAGAAAUAUUUCUUUUGUGCAUUUGAGUUAAUCCAAUAAUUGUUUGCAUGAACUAAAUUAGUUGCAUGUCCAUGGUUGCACAAAAAUUUGCACCGUACACCUACUAGCUAGGGUGACCCUAUUUGCAUGAACUAAAUUAGUUGCAUGUCCAUGGUUGCACAAAAAUUUGCACCGUACACCUACUAGCCAGGGCCUAGAUACAUGCAUGCACACAUGCAGCACACCAAGAUAUGAAAAAAAAUUGCAAAAAAAUUUGGGUACCCAUACACUUGCAUGUCUGUAGUGGAAUCUACCUUUUAUUAGUAAGACAUAGAUCAACUAUAUAGAACAUGGGUACCCAUAGAAUAUCAAGCACGAUAUAUAUCAACUAACCAAUAUCAACUAGAUAGAA